AUGGCCUGGCUCCGCGUGGCGUUUUACGUGGGCCUCGGCGCCACCGGCUUCCUCCCCAUCCUCCAGCUCUGGUUCACCCACGGGCCCGACUUCGUCUACGAGUUCUACUCGCCCAUUGCCGAGUCCAUCCUCGUCUACCUCGUGGGCGCCCUCGUCUACGCCAGCAAGGUCCCCGAGCGGUGGUGCCCCGGCAUGUUUGACUACGUUGGCGGCAGCCACAACCUGUGGCAUUUGGCUGUGCUUGGCGGCAUCCUUUUCCACUACACGGCCAUGCAGCAGUUUUUCAGCAACGCUUUCCAGAGAGCGCAGAGCGGAUGCCCCGUGUACUAG